AUGGAGGUUUAAAAUAAAAUUCUUAUUCUGAAUAAAUCAUAAGAAAUGGAAAUUUUGAGGAGAUAAGUUUAUUCUUUGAACAAAAUCUUAGAGAGUUACCUUUAUAGAAAUGUUGUCCUACUAUUUGUAAUCAGUAAGACAAAGUAAUUCUUAUAACAAUGGUAUGAUUUGAUAAGGUCAUAUUUUAAGUAUUUUACUCAAAUCAAAAAAAUGAUUCAAUUUUAUUUAUACGAGUUGCUGAAGUAUACUCAGAAAUAUCAACAUAAAGUUCAAUAGAGAAGAAUCAUAUUAUUUUUAUUGCAAAGAGUCAAGUAGGUAUUAGAAUAAUUGAAUGGAUUUAAGUGUAAAGUAUUUUUCUUAUAAUUACAUCAUUUAGAUUGUUAGCAUCCUUCCAGAGAAGUUUGGAGUGAUAUAAUUAUAGGAAAUAAGGAAUGA